UGUCGGGUCGGGACCACCUUUUGCUCUGUAUUUUUUGGAUUAUCCAUUCGUGUGUCGGGAUUGGGAUUAUCCAUUCACAAGUGAAGAUGGUUCUGACUUCUGAGUUCUGACUUCUGAUGUUGUAAUAAUUUAUGAGAGUUUGUUUGUACUUGUGAUAUGGGCGGCGGCCAGAGAGAGCGCGGACGCCUGGGGAAUCGCAGGUGGUUUCGAGUUCCACUCUCACCAACCGGCUAACUUUGGAUCCGCUGUAGAAAUCACAGGCAAUAGUAGUUCCCUCCGCCUGGGAUUAAAUGAUGGAAAGCAGGAGGGAUGGGACUCAGACUAAGCGGAGGAGUAGAGGCAAAGCCAAUCUGGAGACAACCUUGAGGAAGGCAUGGUACCAUCUCCGCCUCUCCGUCCGCCAUCCCACCAGGGUUCCCACCUGGGACGCCAUCGUCCUCACCGCCGCUAGCCCCCACCAGGCCCACCUCUACCAUUGGCAUCUCAAUCGUGCCAAGCGCAUUGGCCGCAUUGCUCCCUCUACUCUCACCCUCGCCGUCCCCGACCCCCAUGGCCACCGCAUUGGCUCCGGCGCCGCCACCCUUCAUGCCCUUCUCGCCCUCGCUCAACACUAUUACACCCUCAAUUCUCCGGUAGAAAUUACAACGAGCUCCAAUUCUAUAUCCACUGAAACCAAUGUAGGCUUAAAAGACGGAGUUCCUUCCUUGGCAUUUGUUGAGUUGCUUGCCAAGAAGCAUAUCUUGUUGCUUCAUGCUGGAGGUGACUCUAAAAGAGUCCCAUGGGCGAAUCCCAUGGGAAAAAUUUUCCUGCCACUUCCUUACCUGGCAUCAGAUGACCAGGACGGGCCAGUACCUCUGCUUUUUGAUCAUAUACUUGCAAUUGCUUCUUGUGCCAGACAAGCUUUCAAGAAUGAAGGUGGAUUACUCACCAUGACAGGAGAUGUUCUUCCUUGUUUUGAUGCCAGCUCAUUGGUUCUUCCUGAUGAUGCCUCCUGCAUAGUCACUGUCCCCAAUACUCUUGACAUAGCAUCCAACCAUGGUGUUGUUGUAGCAUCAAAAUCUGUGAUAUCAGAUGAAAACUUUGCCAUCAGUUUAGUGGAGAAUCUGCUUCAGAAACCUAGCUUAAAGGAGCUUGUUGACCAUCAGGCAAUUCUAGAUGAUGGCAGAACAUUGCUGGAUACAGGAAUAAUUGCAGUUCGUGGUAAAGCAUGGAUGGAUCUUGUAAGACUUGCCUAUUCCUCCCAACCAAUGAUCUCGGAGCUUUUGGAAAGCAAGAAAGAGAUGAGCUUAUAUGAAGAUCUUGUGGCAGCUUGGGUACCGGGAAAGCAUAAAUGGUUGCAGAUGCGCCCUCUUGGCGAAGAGCUUGUCCGCAAAUUGGGAAAACAAAGCAUGUUCAGCUACUGUGCUUAUGACCUCUUAUUCCUGCAUUUUGGAACUUCCAAUGAAGUUUUGGAUCACCUUAGUGAAACUGGUUCAAGGCUUGUUGGUCGAAGGCAUUUAAGUUCCAUCCCAGCAACCACAGUAUCUGAUAUUGCUGCCUCGGCAAUAAUCCUUUCUACCCAAAUAGCAUCUGGUGUCUCUAUAGGGGAAGAUUCUAUGGUAUAUGAUUCCUGCAUUUCACAUGGGGUGCAGAUUGGUUCACAAUGUAUAGUUGUUGGUGUGCAUUUGCCAGCAGCUGACAGUCUGGUGGCAGAAGAUUCAUCCAAAUUCUGUCUUCCAGAUCGUCAUUGCCUCUGGGAGGUUCCCUUGAUAGGGUACACUGAAAAGGUUAUUGUUUACUGUGGUCUCCAUGAUAACCCUAAAAAUUCAUUUCAAAAGGAUGGGACUUUUUGUGGGAAACCCUGGAACAAGGUCUUAGGUGAUUUAGGCCUUCAAGAUACUGAUCUCUGGAGCUCAGAAGGAACCCAGGAAAAAUGUUUGUGGAAUGCUAAAAUAUUCCCUAUUCUUCCGUACUCUGGGAUGCUCAAAAUGGCAACAUGGUUAAUGGGCUUGGGCAACCCGGAAGAUGAAUCUUUGGAGUCACACUGGAGAAGGUCAUCCCGUAUCAGUUUGGAGGAGUUGCAUAAAUUAAUUGACUUUUCAUCUAUGUGCUUAAGUUCUAGCAAACAUCAAGCAGAUAUUGCAGCUGGAAUUGUUACUGCUUGCCUUAAUUUUGGCUUGCUUGGGCGCAAUGUAUCUCAGUUGUUUGAAGAAGUUCUGCAAAAUGAAGGAGGUGGAGGGGAUAUGUGCAGAGAAUUUCUUUCUUUGAGUCCCAAUCUUCAGGCUCAAAAUUCUCAGACCCUUCCCAAAAGCAGGGCAUAUCAGGUCCAUGUCGAUCUUCUCCGAGCAUGCAAUGAUGAAAAGAAAGCAUUAGAAGUGGAGAACGAAAUUUGGGCUGCAGUUGCUGAAGAAACUGCUUCAGCAGUAAGAUAUGGCUUUAAAGAAAAUCUCUUCGAAUCCUCCAGUCAGUCCUCUAAGGAGGGGCAAUGGGCUGAUAACUUAAAUGGUCAUCCAGAUCAUUCUUUCUGCUCCAGGAUAGUGAAGGUGGAGUUACCAGUCCGUGUGGAUUUUGUUGGAGGUUGGAGUGAUACACCUCCAUGGAGUUUAGAACGUUCUGGUUGUGUCUUGAACAUGGCAAUUACAUUGGAGGGAUCUCUUCCUAUUGGUACGGUCAUAGAGACCACUAAAACAACAGGGAUAUCAAUUACUGAUGACUCUGGACACCACAUACAUAUUGAAGAAUUGUCCUCCAUUGCACCACCUUUCGAUAACAGCGAUCGCUUUCGCCUUGUCAAAUCGGCAUUGCUUGUAACGAAUAUCAUCAGUGGAAAAAUCCCUCUCUGUACUGGCUUGAGAAUCAGAACAUGGGCAAAUGUUCCUCGUGGUAGCGGUUUGGGGACUUCCAGCAUCUUAGCAGCUGCUGUUGUUAAAGGACUUCUCCGAAUAACUGAUGAAGAUGAAAGCAAUGAAAAUGUUGCCAGACUUGUUUUAGUGUUGGAACAGCUUAUGGGCACAGGAGGUGGCUGGCAAGAUCAAAUUGGUGGACUAUAUCCUGGAAUUAAGUGUACUUCCAGUUUUCCUGGAAUACCAUUGCGGCUUCAAGUCAUUUCCCUCUUGCCUUCUCCUCAAAUGAUAGUAGAGUUGCAGCAACGACUUCUUGUGGUAUUUACUGGUCAAGUCCGACUUGCACACCAAGUGCUUCACAAAGUUGUGGCUCGGUACCUCAGACGGGAUAAUUUGCUAGUAUCUAGCAUCAAGCGCCUUGCUGAACUGGCAAAAAUUGGGAGGGAAGCUCUGAUGAACUGUGACAUAGAUGAGCUUGGAGAUGUAAUGAUGGAAGCUUGGAGAUUGCAUCAGGAACUUGAUCCAUAUUGCAGCAAUGAACUCGUUGACAGGCUCUUUACAUUUUCUGACCGCUAUUGCCGUGGGUACAAGCUUAUUGGUGCUGGAGGUGGUGGCUUUGCCUUGUUGCUGGCUAGAAAUGCUGAAUCUGCCAAGGAGCUCCGACGUACACUAGCUGAAGACUCCAGCUUCGAUGUGAAGGUAUACGAUUGGGACAUAUUCUUACAAAGCUAAUGGGAAUGUAGCCUUAUCUUCGUCUAAAUUUUUUUUUUUUAAAGUUUUUGUAUAUGUGUAAAUCGAGAGUGUAUACACAGCCGUUGCACAUCAAUGGGGAUAUUUUGCCAAAUGGCAAGUGAUAGGAAGAUUCACCCAAAAACUCCUCUAUUUGCUUAUCUUGUAGCAGUAUAAAUCGUACUUCGUAGCUUCAUUUCAAGGUUAAUGGAAGCAUAUCCUAGUGUUUGAUUUCGAAA